AGUAUACUUUGAUGACCAUUCUAGAAGCGCUCACUUGAAGAUGAAACUUGCCUAAAUAGGCUUCUAGAAGCCUGUUACGUCAGGGCUGGUCGUACCUAAACGACAACAUGAGGGCGUGCGUCGUGUCCAUGCGAUAUCGACUCAUUGUCUGGCGAACGCGGCAGGCGCAUCCCAGACUAGGACUCGAUCUAUCCGCUCCUGGUGGCAGUGACCUGGGACUGUUUUGGCUUGUUUUUCAUGCGCUCAUACGAUUUGCAACAUUCUGUAACACAUGGCAGGCUGCAAGGCGGAGUGAUGAACAAGACUCGAGAGUGCUGAUACCCACAAGCCGGGUGGAGUUGAGGCUUCGGAACGUGAGCGCUUAUGUCGAUCCUGUCCCAAGCGCAGACGGAACGGAAUCUCUUGCAGGUCAAGAGUCAGUUUCCAGGUUGGUGGUUGUCUUCGCUUGCUCACUCGUUUGAUGCAAUCCAAUACGCACACCGCCACGCCUGGCGCAAGACUAUGAAUCCAGAGCGCAGGGAAGCAAUAGGCACCAUAGAUUGACAGCUGUAGGGCGACGAGAUGAUGGGU